AUUGCUGCUCGGCUACAAUUGUUUCUUGUUGCUAGACUACUGAUGCCACAGAGAUAGCCGGAGAAACAACAUCAGAGGAAUUAUGAUAGAAGGCUAACCGCCGCAAAUGAUAUUUCCAUUUCUGCAUCGUUUAUUCCAAGCAACGGUGUAAUACGAGAGAUUCUAUAGCUGAGGCAAACGUGUCAACAUAGCGAAAUGAAGCAUCGAAAAAUGACAAGAACACGCAAGGAGAGGUUCUACAACUGUCCAAUUCCUCCAAAGAGAGAUUAGUUUAUCAUUUUAUCUGUAUCCAACUUCCACGAUGUCUCUCGUGGCCAGCGAUAUCCCGACGGACGAAGACCUAGAAGAUCUGGUCGAGGAUGGUCUUUCUCUUGCUACCUGCAUAUCAGACUCUGGAAAGAAAGCCAGGAAAAAGAAGCUGUCUGGUAAACCUCCCCCUUCUCCCAGGUCUCCGUAUCUCUCCAGUAUGGAUGUGAACCCGAGGAGAUCAGCGGUGUCAGCCUGGAGGCCCCUGAGAGGAACUCUGGGUGAGAGGGGGGAGGCCCUAGUGGGGAGAGGUGACACUCUUUUGGAGAGGGGUGAGACAGCUCGGACCCCAAAGGAGAGCUGUCUGGCUUCGCUAAGCAACGGGCACGGUCUGUCCCAGUCUCUGAGAGUUGCCUGUCUCUCCUCUUCUCCCUGUACUCCAGAGUAUCUCCAACAGGCUCUGGGCAUUAAGAAACCCAAACACUCCUCAUCCAAUGACUACAGAGAGAAGGAGGACAUGUACGAUGAGAUCAUCCACCUCAAGAAGAGUCUUCAGGCUCAGAAGUCAGAGAAGGACAGGAUGAAAGCCAAACUACGGCGUCUGGAGGAGGACAAAACUAAGAAAGACAAGCAAAUAGAACAGCUGCUGGAUCCCACCAAGGGACCGGAGUACACACUGGGUCUGGUGGACAAGAAACACCAGGGGAGCCUGGUUGUUAAUGGACUGAAACAGAGAAUCCUGAAGCUGGAACAGCAGUGUAGAGAGAAGGAGAACACUGUGACCAAACUGCAGAGUGAGCUGCAGACCACUAAUCUGGAGGAGUUGAAGAUCACAGUGGAGACCUACUUUGAGGAGAUUCAGAGACUGAGGAUGAUAUUGGACGCAACAGAGAAAAGCAGUAGAGCAGAGAAUAAAGGUUCUCAGAGGAAGCAGAAGGUUCUAAGCUCUACGGUUCUGCGUCUAUCAGAGAACUUGAAACAGCUACAGCAGGAGAACCACACACUGAGAGAGGAACUCACAGAAAGCCCAGCCAGCGGGCUGAAAGCCUACAAAGACUGGAGCAAACAGAGAGUGUUGAGGAGACUGGUGGAACUGGAGACGAGGUUAGAGGAGGGGAGGAGAGCCCCGGCCAGGAGGAGUGGGGUGGACAGACUAGUCCAGACUGACCACCACACCACGCCCACGGAGACAGGGGUUGCUACGACGCCGGGGAUAACCGCCGUAACAACGGAAGGGGGCGUUGCAGUGGGAAACACCCAACAGGAAGGGGAGGGGUUUGUCCGUCUGAAGGGGUGUGUCAGACAACUGGAGCAGGAGAAGGCGGAGCUACAGGAGACGCUGACGGAUAGAGAACGGGAGCUGAGACGACUGAUGGCUGAAAGAGAGCAGGAAGAGGAAGAGACGGAGAGGAGGAAGAAUGAACGAAGGAGUGAACAUGAGAAGGAAACACAGCUCUCUCUACUGGAGAGAGAACAGCUGACCAUGAAGAUACAAUCCCUGGAGGAGGAGAAGAAGAGAUGGACUGGAGAAGAACAGAACCAGGAGAACCGGAAGGAGAACCCAGAAGGGAGGGAGGAGAAGGAAAGGGCAGCUAGGGUGAUCCAGAGAGAGUGGCUGGAGCACAGAGAAAGGGACACAGUAUUUGUCCAGUCAGCAAUAAGAGGACAUCUCCUCAGACAGAGCCAGAUAGCUCACCUCCAAGACACACACACCAGCACUCUCAACAAGAAUGGCCAAUCACAGCGCGGCAGUGAUGUUACCUCCUGUGUGGAGGAUGAGGAGCUGGUUGCCGUGACGCUGAUCCAGUCUGUGUUCCGAGGUCACCUGACACGCAGCGCACUAAUGACGGAGAGCUCUGAGUCCCCAGCCCCUCCUCCCUGUGGACCCACCCCAGCCCCUCCUCCCUGUGGACCCACCCCAGCCCCUCCUCCCUGGGGACCCACCCCAGCCCCUCCUCCCUGUGGACCCACCCCAGCCCCUCCUCCCUGUGGACCCACCCCAGCCCCUCCUCCCUGUGGACCCACCCCAGCUCCUCCUCCCUGUGGACCCACCCCAGCCCCUCCUCCCUGGGGACCCACACCAGCUCCUAGAAGAGACCCCUCUGUCCCUUCAACACACACUCCCAGCAACACAGCCCUUCCAGGCAGUGAUGUAGAUGAAGAUGUAACGGAGCUGAGUGAGGAAGAUCCCUGGCCUGUCUCUAACACACUGUCCAACAGGAGGAGACUCACACCAGCACAGCUACAGCUCCACCCACCUCCAGACUCCAAGGUUGCUAAGGCGAUGGACUCUGAGGAUUCGGACGAUGACAUCAUCGUGUCUCCGUCUCGUCUCGUGGGAAGGAGAGAAGAGAUCUACUUCUAGACCAGAGCGUUGCACUAUGGGAUAUGAAGUGUGUGUGUGUAGCUGGGUAUGCAGGCUUUUACUCCAGCCCUACACCAGAUUCAAUCAAGGUUCAGAGGACAUGCUGAUAAGUAGAACCAAGUGUGUUUUGGUAGUGCAGGGCUGGAACGAAGUCCUGCACGUGCAGUAGCUCUCCGGGAGGGGAGUGGCUGUAAUAAUGAUAAUAAUCCUGAACAUACCCAGGAGGGUUGCUUGGCCAGCUCUCUGCCCAAUACAUCUCUGUUCUGAUACAGAUCGUUUUUUAUGUUGCCAAAGUGCCUGAGUGCCCGAAUAUAGAUUAUUGAUGGUCAUAAACAAACGUAUAAAUCAUGGAGUGUAUUGUAGCGACUUUUAAUUCACGUCUAUCAAUAGAAACACUGCUGAUCCAAACCGUGAACUUAUCAUCUUAUUCUACUGCAAUAUGACGCUCAGAGGAGAGCUUGUGCGCGUGACUGGUUGUUGUUAUCGUGCCUUGAUUUGUGUUUAUUAUAAUAGCUGUAAUCCAUGAACGUCAUGUUUUAUCUGAUUAAAUGAGUAUCUUUCCUUGUAUCGUAAAACA